AUGGCCCUAGUGACGAUAUCCGGAUUUCCAUGUUCAGGCAAGACCACUCGAGCGAAACAGCUAAAAGAGUACUUUGAAUCUCGAAUAUCUUCACCAGAAUACGAUGGACCAGAGUUGACAGUGGUCAUAGUGGAUGAUGAUAUCUCGCAUGUCCCUAGAUCAAGCUAUGAUACCAGUGCACUGGAAAAACCAGCUCGAGCAAGUCUGUUUUCCAACGUCAGUCGGUCAUUAGGCUCAGAUACGAUCACGAUAGUAGACUCAGCGAAUUAUAUAAAAGGAUAUAGGUAUCAGAUGUAUUGUGCUGCUAGAGAAGCUAGAGUGAGGGUCGCUACGAUACACGUUGUAGCUCCUCCAGAUAAAUGUAGAGAAUGGCAUGGAAAAAGAGGUGAAUGCUCUUACAAGCCUGCAACUUUUGAUAACCUAAUCAUGAGAUACGAAGAACCCUCAUCAAUGGUGCGAUGGGAUUCACCGUUAUUUACUAUCCCAUGGGACGAACAGCCGCCGUUCGAAGAUAUUUGGAAUGCGAUAUUGAAAGGUGAUAAGAAGCCACCCCCGGCAGCUGUCUUACAGAGAAACAAACCCCCUCCCAACACUUUACAGACCCUAACGAAGACCACCCAAUUCAUCGUCACUUCCCUCUUAUCUCACAUAUCUUCUUUACCCGGUACAUCCACUUACCCCAUCCCCUCUCCGCCUGCUCCCCAACCCACAAACAAGGGACCUCUGGUCUUGCAUCUACCGUCGAGGAAGUUGACGUUGUCUGAGAUGCAGAGGUUGAAGAGGCAGUUUGAAGGUGUUCAAGUGAAAGCUCAGCAGAGUGGUGGAUUGGCUGCAUCAGGUAAUUGGACUGAAGAAGAGGUCGCGGUGGGAUUUGUAAGGUUCCUAGAGGAGAUUUGGGAUACUGCAUAA